UAGACAAUUCUAGCCUACCUAUUUAAUUUUCUAAUUCCGGAAGAUCAUCUUUUCAAUUUCAACAUCAAUCAAGCUUCAAUAACUGCGAUUCAAGCUGAUAAAGUUUUGUUUUGUUCGGAGUAAUAAGUUGUCAUCAGUUUUGGACUAAGCUAACUUAACUUAACACAAGCAGUCAAAGAUAUAAUGGAGGACUUUACACAAGUAAUAGAUAUAUCAGCCACUGGUAUUGACAUUUCAGAUCUUGGAAGGGUAAAGGUUGGAAUACUACGUGUUGAUGGAAGAUCUCACGAUAUUUACAAAGGUGAAAAUGUCAUUGGCAGAGAUGAACUUUCUGAUAUUGUACUGAGACAUAAUUCUAUUUCCAGCAGGCAUGCAGUAGUAGAAGUAGAGGACUGGGACACUCAUUUGCUUUUCGACUGUGGAAGUACCAAUAAAACUAGACUUGGAACGAUUUUUCUUAAACCCAAUGUCAGAUACAAUUUGCAAGGGGGUGAAGUUAUCAUGUUUGCUAAUAUCAGGGCCGAAUACUGUAAGUUGACCAGACCAAAAGCUGAACAGAACGAAGAGGAUUCUGCUUCUGAUGCUGGUUCUGAAUCAUUAUUGGAUUCUGUGCCUGCAGAUUUAGAUGCAGAUAUUGAAAUUGAGAAAGCUCUACCCACCUGUAAGGAGAUUCAUGGAAAUGAGAGUUGUAAUGGAAAUGACAACUCCGACCUAAAUGAAUCCUCUCUUUUGGAAGAGAACAAAAACAAACCAUCUUCAAGCAGGAUCGAAGUUAUAGAAGACUCAGAUGAUUCAACAGAAGAUGAGUUAGACUUUAUUCCGCCAUCUCAAACUGUUAAAGAGUUUGUGGCAAAAAAACAGGCAGAUUCCAAAAGAAAACAUAUUAAUAACAUAUCUGAAGACAUCUUUUCCAUGGCUGACACUCAAGAUCAAGAUAUGUUUUUCAUGACAGAAAAACUUGAUUGUAAUAAAAUUGCUAUUUCGCCUGAUCAAAAUACACAAAACUUGUUUAGCUCAGAAAUUCAACAACCGCCAAAGAUAGAGGAUCAAACUAUAUUUGAAGCAGAAACACAAGGAUGUGUUUUGAAUGAGGAAAAACUUUUGGAAAUAAAUCCUGUAAUCUCUACAGAAAUAUUUGAUGCAGAUACAGAAAUGGUCACACCGCACAUUGAUGAAAAUGUACAAAUGAGUGAUUUAAUUCUUUCCAACACAUCUUCUGAAUCUCUGAAUAAGGGACCUCAAAUUAAUUUGGUAAAAUAUAUUAAAUUUGAAAAAUUAGAGGCUGAAUCAGAAGGUAAAUCACUUAGCAAAUCUCACAAAUCAAUCAGUCCAACAGAAUCAGAUAAUAAUGUAGAAUUAGAGGAUGAUAUCUACAAUGCUUGCACACAAGUUAACACGUCUUUACAAACCACAUCUAUAGUAAAUCCGGGUGUUAAACAAGAAGUAUGCACUAAAUCAGAGCCAGUGGAUGAUGAAAAUCUUUUAGAAGAAACACAACUGAAUCUAAAUCUCAUAGAAAAUCAUAUACCUGGCCAAAAACAGAGAAUAAGUAGACACAGGUAUACCAAUGAAGCUAGUGACCAUAAAAACUUUGAAUCAGAAGAAACCCAAAUAAAUGUACAGCUUUAUUCUUUUGUAAAUGAAUCAAAAACCAGUGCAGAAGAAGAAACUAACAGCAGACAUGAUAGGACAAGCCGCGAAGCAAACAUUGAUAAGGGUGAUGAAAUAGAAAAUGACUGUAGGCCUAUACAAAUGCAAAGUGAUCCCGACAAAAUUAUUUUGGGUAGCCAAGUAGAAAAGGACAUUGUUAAUCCCCAUGCAAUUCGGAAUAUGAGUUCUGGAAAUAACCCUGACCUAGAUGAAAGCAGUAAUCAGUCUGAUAGUCUGCUUGCAUUGGUCCCACUAGAGCAGUUGGAACAGGAAGCUCAGCAAGCUUUAAGUUGUGAGGAUCCUCAGAGUGACAAGAGGAUUGAUAAUCAACCCAAACAAGCUGUUAGUGAUGAAUCCUCAAAUAAAAAUAAAGAUGAUGUAAUGACCUUGGGAGACAUGGACAUUUGUUCGACAGUCGGAAAUGGUACAAAUGUGUCAACUUUCGGGAGUUCAAGAAAGCUUCUUAAUGAUUCGACUGUAAAAGGACAGCAUUUGCCUAAUGUGUCCAAAGCUUUAAAUCACAGUAUAAUAUUUGAUGAACCUUGUGGAUCAUCAACCCCAUUCAGAAUUGAAGCAGUACCAAACAAUAAGAAGUCUAGUAGGAACGUUAUAGUAAAAACACCACCCCGAAGAAUCGUCAGUGUGAUAGAGAGUCCUGAUCUACCUUGCACAGAAGAUCUUGCCAAAGUUGCAAAUAAUACACCAGAAAGGCAUUGUCUCUUUCCAACAACAGACCAACAUAAACAAUUAGAUGAUCUACCUUUGGCAUUAAAUAAAACACCAAGGGUAAGAAAAGUGUCAAAAAAAGUAGCUGAAUCCUUAGAAGGGGAACAAGUUAGUUGUUCAAAACCUCCUAAAUUGCCAAGAAAAGAUAAAAACAUGAAUAAAAAUGAAGAUAAAACUAUUAGUAGUACCAAAAAGGGCGACCCAGAAGAGAUUGGGAGGAAUCAUAAAUGUGAAAAAAACAACCACAAAAAGUCAGUUGAAAAAAAAAGACUCAGUAAUGAUAUAGCGGAUAAACAAUCCUUUAAGUCCAACAUGCUUGAAAACAAAGUUAAACUACAUAUUCCUCUAAAGAGGUUGUCAGUCGAGAUUAAUUACGAAGAUACUACGAGAAACUCAAAUAAGUCUGACAUCGAUGAUCAAUCUCCAGCCAAGAGAUCCAAGAAUACAAAAUUGAUUGAAAAAGGUGUGGAAGACCAAGCAGAAAAAGCUGUAAGUGAUGUUUCAAAGCAGAAACCCAUCAGUAAUGACCAGCAAAUAAAUAAUACAUUGGAAAUAAAAGAAAGCCCAAUUCAGAAAGUAAUAAAAACUGCCUGCAAAAAUUACAAAAAUAAACGUGAAGAAUCAAAAAAUAAUUUAACAAAAAGGAAAUCAGUUAUAAAACCUAUACUUGAAAAUGAAAACCAAGUAACACUUUCAAAUGAAGCUGAACGAUCAACAAGAAACAGUGAUGUUUCACUACUACAUUCUAAAAAGAAUGAUACAGACUCAAAUGGCAGUGUAAGUGUUGAUGUACCAAGCAAGGAUUUGGCACAAAGUAAGGAAACAAAACUCGACCAACUAGAACUAGAUAACAAAAAAACAAAAAAUAAGUUGAACUCAAAAUUAACUAAUACACAAUCUAAAGAGCUUUCUAACGUAAAAAUGUUAACCGUCAGAAGAAGUAGUAGGGGAAGGAGAAAGGUAACAUCAUCUGAGAAAAAUGAAGAUACAUCUUCUGUCUCAAAUAGUUCAGCUAAAAAACCAGAACAAGAACAAAAUCAUUCAGGAAUAACUAAAAAGGAUGAUAUGGAACAUAUGAUGCCUGUGGAAAAAUCAAAACAUUCUGAACAAGCACCUGUCUUGUCUAGCAAUAAAGACAAAGUUAAAACAAGGAAUAGUUGUACAUCAGUUGGAGUUGUUUCAAAUGUAGUAGAAAACACCUCUUUGUCAAACAAAGAACUUGUAGUAAACAUUGAUAGCAUUCACUCUAGUCUAAAGAAAAGAAAAAUGAUAGCAAAGAAAAAAGAAGUCAUCAACAGGUCUUCCACCAAACCUCCUGACACUGGUACUGCUGAACCAAACAUUAGAAAAAGUAAUAGGAGAAUGAAAGACAAAGCAGACAGUCUAAAGCAGUCAGUUUCCAAGAUAGAGUGCAAAGAAAACAAACAAAUGUCAAACAAAAUUGAGCCGUCUGCUGAGAUUAAUGCAAGAAAAAGUAGUCAAAAGAAAGAUGAAUCAUCCAGAGAAGAAACAACCUCUAACAUUUCCUCUAGUGAAACAAAUAACAAAGGUAUAAAAAAGAAACGUUUACAGGUUGACUCUGUUGAAGAUACAACAAAAACGAAACUUACUGGUAAGAACAAAAACAAUGAUAUAUUAGAAAACUUGAAUGCUAGUAAAGGCUAUAAAGAAAAAUUAACAAGCCAUAGAAUCUCUGGACGUCCAAAAGUUAAACCAGCUCGAUUCAGAGAUAAAAAUGAAGACAAUAGUUCUCUGUCAUCUAGUGAUAGAGGUCUUUCCCCAAACAAAAAAUCCAAGAAAAUGCAAGAUACAACUGUCUUUGAGUCUGUUAUGAGUGAUCCUUCAAAUUCAACUAUGAACCAUGGCAAGAAGCACAGUGAAGUAUUUAAGACUCCUGUUGUUGGAGGAGAAAGGACUACAUCAAACACAACAAAAAACAAAAAAUCCAGAAGUAGAUCAAGAAGUGAUUCUAGUCAAAGUUCAAUGAGAAGUGACCCUCCUUCUUCACUUCACAGUCCUCGAAGGUCAGGAACAAAAGGGAAAAAGGUCCUGUUUACAUCUGGUCUUAUGAACUCUGCAUGGGAGUCUCAAGUGAAAAAACUUGGAGGAUCAGUUGUGGAGUGCCCAAUAGACUGUUCAUUGUUGGUUGCGGACAAAGUCCGUCGAACAGUAAAGUUCCUCUGUGUAUUGGGACAGGGGAAGCCAAUCGUCUCCCCAGACUGGAUCAACCAGUCUUGGAGAUGUACUAGUUUUAUAGAGCCAUCAGACUACCUACUGGUAGACGCCGAGGCUGAAGAGAAGUUCAAGUUUAGUCUGAGCCAUACUUUCCAAGCUGCCAAGAACCAGCAAUUACUAACAGGAUACCAUGUCCAUGCCACUCCUAAGGUCAAACCUCCUCCUGAGGAUAUAAAAAGUAUCGUUGAGUGCUGUGGUGGAAAAUAUAUGGAAAAUAUUCCAUCAAAAUGGCCUGAAAAUAGUGUUAUUUUGUCUCAUGUAGAUGACAAAUAUCUGUGGAAGAAGUUUAAAGUGAAGGGUGAGACACCUCCCAUUGUAGCAGCUGAGAUGUUGCUUAUUGGUGUGCUUCAACACAAAAUUGAGAUUGACCCUCAUAGGCUAUAAACAUACUAAUAUUCCAUACAGAAUGCAUAUAACAAGUUUAAUAUUCUAAAAAAUUCACCCAAGCACAAUUAGGUGAUUUGUAAAAUAAAUGGUUUAUUUUCUCUAACCAAAGAAUUGUUUAUGCAUAGAUGCUAGUCUUCAAUUUGUAGAUACAUUUGUACGCUCACAGAUUACACAUAUUGUCAUAUUAAUUUAAAGCGAACCUCGUAACAUUAUGUUAGGCUGGUUGUGUAUACAGUAUUGGAGUGUCAGUGACGUGAGGAGUUUUGUGUGACAUAAAGUGACAAGUGGAAUUGGCUGUGAAUAUAGUAAGCAUUUAUUUUUAUUUUUAUGACAUGUUUUAAAGAUUUUAAAUGCAUAAGGUAUGCAUUUUUAAUUAUUACUGUACAUUUGAUAUGUUUUAAACCUUAACUGAAUUAAAUUGUGGUGUGAGAGUUUGUAUUAGGAUUUUUGCCUUAAUGAUAGUAACUGGGUGAACUAAUUAAGAUAGGUCAGCUAUCCGUUUUGAUAAAUUUAUUUUGCAGUUGUAUAGUAACUUAAUUAAUUGUUUUUUUUAUAAAUUCCUGUUGUAUAAUGUACUAUGUUAUUUUUGUGUAAGUGGUGAUUAAUGUGAACUAAAAAGCGUAAAGCAUUCAAAUUUAUUACAUUACAACAAUAAAAUAGAAUGUUAUUCUUGGUUUGUACAAGUAAAGUUUUCU